UCUAUAAGGCCUCCUGCUCCUGACAAGAAGAGGAGGAAGGCCAAAAGGAAGCCAAAAGGCCAGGCCAAAAGGCAGAAUCCGCGAGACGAGACACCGAGAGAGAGAGAGAGAAAGCAGGAGGGAGAGAGGUUGCGUCCCUCCACUUGCCAUCUCCUCUCCCGCUUCGGCGCUCUUCUUCGUCUUCCUCUUCCUCCGCUUGCGAAGGGCUCUCCAGAUUCAGAUUGGGGCGGCGUUUGCAGUACCAGUGCUGCGUGCUGCUGCUCCUGACGACGACGAGGAGAGGGCGCUCGGGAUGGGGCAGGACGGCCACCAGAUCCGCGGCAACAAGCUCAUCAUCGACACGGAUCCCGGCAUCGAUGAUAGCAUGACAAUCCUAAUGGCGUUCAGAACACCAAGCGUGGAAAUCAUUGGGUUGACGACCAUAUUUGGCAACGUCAGCACGGAGGGUGCAACGCGUAAUGCACUGUUGCUGUGUGAGAGAGCAGGGCAUCCUGAAGUUCCAGUAGCUGAGGGCAGCCCUGAGCCCCUAAAGGGAGGAAAGCCUCGUAUUGCUGAUUUUGUUCAUGGGUCAGAUGGCAUUGGGAAUAUGUUUCUUCCUGAACCCACUUCUAAGAAAGUUGAGGAAAGUGCUGCUGAGUUCCUGGUCAAUAAGGUCUCUGAGUUUCCAGGAGAGGUCUCAGUACUUGCUUUGGGGCCCCUGACAAAUGUAGCAUUGGCUAUCAAAAGAGACCCAUCUUUUGCAAGCAAGGUGAAGAAAAUAGUUGUACUGGGUGGAGCUUUCUUCGCGGCAGGAAAUGUCAACCCUGCAGCUGAAGCAAAUAUCCAUGGAGAUCCAGAAGCAGCUGACAUUGUUUUUACCUCAGGAGCAGAUAUUGUCGUGGUUGGCAUUAACAUAACAACUCAAGUCUGCUUGAAAGAUGAGGAUCUCUUGGAGCUAAGAAACUCGAAAGGGAAGCACGCACAGUUCUUAUCUGAGAUGUGCAAGUUUUACAGGGAUUGGCAUGCCAAGUCUGAUGGUUUCCACGGAAUUUUCCUUCAUGAUCCUGUGAGCUUCACGGCCCUAGUUCACCCUGAGUACUUCACCUUCAAGAAGGGUGUGGUGAGAGUAGAGACCCAGGGCAUUUGCACUGGCCACACUUUGAUGGAUCAGGGAUUGAAAAAGUGGAAUUCAGAGAACCCAUGGUCAGGCUAUAAACCGAUUUCGGUUGCAUGGAUGGUCGAUGUGCCAAAGGUUAUCAGCUUCAUAAAGAAGCUGCUCAUGGCACCAUGAGAAAUUGCAACCAUUCAACAACCUCUGGCGCUUUCUGAUGUCCACGAAAAUUUGACCAAGUACAGAGCCUCUAUCCCAGCUACCUUGUAAGUUGUAACUAGUUCCUGGACAUAGGAAGCUUUCUUCAGUGUCCUGAGAAACAUAGGAAGCUUCCUUGUGAAAGGUUACGCAACAGCCUCAGAAACCACGGAGUAAAUUCUGCAUAUGACAGCAUUGUUUCACACAUUUGUAUCAGUACAUUCGAGAAUGAAAUGAAGUUUCCCGCAUACGCCUCCUUACCGCA